CGCGAACGAUGUGUACGAUCUGAACUUUGUCUACGUCAGCAACAGCGACGGAAAUCUGAUCCAGUUGGAAAAGGAAUGUGCAGCUGUAACGGAUGUUGCUGGUCGUGCGGAGGCGGAGGGGGAGCUCGGGGAGAACAACAACAAACAUGUUGUGAUUGACGACGAUUACAACUACACCGAUUCAGUGUCUGUUGCUGUUUCUUCAGUAGUUGCAGGAAAAGGAAAAGGCGCCGGCACGACUUCUACCGAUCAGGAAACUAGUACAACUGCAGGCAAAAAUGCCUACAACGAGGAUUACCUCGCGCGAAAGGGAGCGAAAACGCGGAAGAGAAAAAACAGGGACAGAACACAGGAGAGAGCCGGUGGAGGGGGGAAAAAGAACUUCGUUGUAACUGCGGAGGAAAUUGAACAAGACGAAAUACACGUUGAACAGCAGGAGCCCGCUGUGGUUGCACCAGCAAAGAAAGAUCAGGACGAGAAAAAUGAUAAAGGAAAUACUAAAACUAAGGCAUCUGUUUAUGUUGCCAGAAAACGUCAAGCCUGCCACUGGAAACCCUCAACCGACUCGACGUCGACCCACCGGAUGCAGCCGAAUUUGAUAAGGGACAGCGACAAAACAUCAUCAGUUUCAGUCCCCCACCAACUAACCAUUUCCCACAAGCUUCUCGCCAAACUCAGCGAGAAAGACGCGCAGUGCAACAUGGUGCGGAAGAUGCUCACCAAGUACGACUAUCAAGUGUAAAAGCGUCUGGGUCUGGAAGACUGGCAGGUUUGUCAUGCAGGUUUUCUAUGACUCAUGAGGUCUGGGACCUAGCACCUAGCAUGACAAACUCUGUGAGAAUUCUAGCAUGCCUAUCCUGCAUCAGAAAAUCCCCCUCAACUUGGUAAAAAAUAACGACGGGUGUUGGUAAUCACGCAACACAGAUUUCUUGCAUGAUUCAGAUUUAGCAUGACAAGUUACAUCCUUCCAGACCGAGACAUUUUUGCAAUGCAUAACGACUUAGAGAAACUCGACCUCUCUGGUUUCUACCCCCCGUGUUUUUUCCUGCCCGACAACCA